AUGUGCGAGAACUUCAAGUCAAUGCCAUUGGAGGAUAGACGUGAUUUCAUCCGAAGCAUUCUUGAAGAGCAUGAGUCUCUUGAAGAAUCCAAUGACGAAAGUCCUACUGCCAAGUGCUUUCUCACCAUCUGCCAUGUUGAAAGGGCGAUGGAUAACCUCCGUUCUGCUGAGCUUCCCGACAUAGUUUCAGAUGUCGUAAUGUUCGCCAGUCAGGAAGGAGAUGGCAUGAAGAGCAAACACCCCAUCAUGCCAUUCAUACGACUUGACCUGCUUGAAGAUCGCAAGGAAAAGUUUUGUUUGACAGGAAAGACAGAACACUAUAUCAGCGAACAGCUGGUUGGCAUGUUGAGAUCCGAUCAACAGAGUGUGCAUCAGAGGAAGAGUGAUAUGGAGCAAGCAUACAAGAAGGUUCGAAAUGCAUUUGUUGCCAAGCAUAGAACCGGAGGCGAAUCUCCAGAGGAUGUCAGGUUCACACCACAUCAACGUUACCUCAAGACAGUAAUUGAAGGCUGUGAACAGAUGGAUGUAGAAAUUCCUCGAUUGAUAGGAAAACUGGAGGGAAUGGCGAAUGGCGAUCUGCCUGUCAACGAAUCAGAACUUCAAAACGAGUUGUACAAGUACAAUGAGAAAUUUUACAAGCAUACAGUUGCUGAACUGGCUGAAGAUGCCAUCAGUGUGGUUGCACAAGAUGGAUGUGCGAGCACACCCCCUGUCCCCAUGUACAUUGGUUUUUCAACCAAAAGUUUAAGUGCCUCUGAAGGUCUUCGAAUAUUGGAAGCCGUUACAAAGGAGGCUCACGAGCGUGGAAUUAUUUUCAAUGUCUGGUCUUUUGACGGCGAGUUUUCUUGCAUAUACAGGAAUUACUACGUGAACAAUCCAAGCACAUUCAUAACGGAGGUGAAGGCUAUCAAACAAGAGGCCCAGAAGCUGAGCAUAUCACAGAUAUGCUCAGAGAUCGCAUCAUACAUUUCAUGCGUAUUCGACUUUGAACCAGCCAUUACUGCACAGGAAGUAGAGAGAGAAUGCAAUUUGCUGAAUAUGAACCAAUAUGAUGGACCUGACUUGUCCCAAGUGACAAUUCGAACUCGAUCUGGAAUAAUGCACAUGAACACUGCAGAGUUUGCCCAAAUAGAGAAAUUCGUCUUGAGUUUGAGGAGGAACCAAUUGAUAUGGCAGGUCCAGAGAGAAAAGAAAUUGCAGUGUUCUCCUGCCACCAGAACUAAGGCCUGUUUGAACGAGAUGUACAGCAGAAUCCACAUCUUCUGCCGACGGUAUGGAUAUGAUAGCAUUAUACAACAAGGGGUUGCAGAGAAUGAAACAGCCAAAUUCACGCCUUGGGAGCUCGAACGAUUGAUCACAGAUGGAUUGGAAGAAUUUGAUCCAAACAAGAUUAGGUUUCAAUUCAACGAGUACCUGUCAAACCCUGUUAUCUCUCCAACCACGAAGAAGCUACUUUUCUUUGCGCCAUGUAUCAAUCAUUUACUGAAGAAUGUCAGGCACACGGUUGGCUCGGGGAGAAACCCGACUGCACAGCAAGAGGCUAAAACAUGGCAUGCUGCGUACACUGAUAUUUCCAAGAAGAAUUCGUCAUGGCUAACGCAGCUGGAAGUCGAUGGGUGCACGGACCCUCAAUCAGUGGAUAUCAUGUUAAAAAUGUUCAGCAGCAAGGCCAUAUCGCUUCUGAAUGCAGAGGGACACAUUGAAACAGCAAGAAUGGCAGAAGCAAUGAACGGCCUUCACAGAGCUUUCGACGAGAGAGGCCUCACCAAGUCUGAAAGAAGAAAUCUCAUUCUUAGAGCUCGAACCUGGCUUCUAAGAGAUGUGGAUUGGAUGAGGGUGGGCAAGAGGCACAUGAGGGGGUUGUCAUCUGUAACCUUCGAAGGACUGAUUGUAGCCAUGGACACACAUCUACAGAUACAGAGUUAUUUGAGCAACAACAAAGGUGUGUUGGGUGAAAAGGAGUAUGACUUCAAUGCACGGACGCUCUGCACAGACAGCGUUGAAAACCUCUGGGUUUACGAACUUUGUCUGGUUGUAAGUCUACGGAAGAAGAGAUAG